AUGCUUCAAAUGGUCAGGACGCUGGCCCAGUUCACCAUCGCCUUGGAAGACAUGCGAGAACUCGGGGAAGGGGCCGACCCCUCUGCGCUCAACGCCGCCCCUGCCUCGGUCGGCGAGGAGGGUCCGGAGAAGGCCACCGGCGCCGGCUGCAGCCACCGGAACAGCCCCAUUCGGAAUGGCACGGUUGAGGUGACGGAGGGCUUUCGCAGAUAUGGGGAACGUCCAGCCUCUCUGGCCAGCCCAGCCUCGGAGCCAGCAAAUCCCACCCUGGAUGAGACGGCACCUCAAGCCUGUUUACACAUCUCCAUUUCUGGUUCUUCUCUGGAGAUCUCGGAGCCGGUGGAUACCGCUGGCAGGGAACUCGUCCCCUUUGACAGCGAUGAUACCGACGACGAGUCCUCGCCGAGUCCUUCCGGAACCCUUCAGAGCCAUUCCACCAUCUCCAGUUUUACAAAUGAGGAGAUCCCCAGCUCUAAAGACGUGACAGCGGAGACCACCAGCUCGGAAGAAGAGCAGGAUCCCAGCAGCUUCCUUCCGAUUGGCCACCAGAUCACCGAAAGCCCCAUGGACGGCCGAGCAAUGAGACGAUCCAGUCAAGGCUCCUUCACCAGGGCCAGCCUGGAAGACCUGCUGAGCGUGGAUCCGGAGGCUUAUCAAAGCUCCAUGUGGCUGGGCACGGAGGAUGGGUGCAUCCACGUCUACCAGUCUUCGGACAACAUUCGCAACCGGAAAAACAGCCUGAAGAUGCAACAUUCGGCCUCCGUUACCUGCAUUUUGUAUCUUGACAACCAGGCGUUCGUAUCUCUGGCCAAUGGAGAACUAGUUGCCUAUCAAAGGGAAGCAGGACGUUUUUGGGACUCUCAGAAUUCCAAGUCUCUCUUGUUGGGCUCUCCGGGCAGCCCCGUAACCAAGAUGGUGGCCGUGGGCGGGAAGCUCUGGUGCGGGUGCCAGAACCGAAUCGUUAUCCUCAAGACUUCUACGCUGCUUCAGGAGCACACAUUCCUGGUCGGGCAAGACAGCAACCGCAGCGUGACCUGCUUAGUGACGUCCAGCGUCGGGAUUUGGGUGAGCCUCCAGGGCAGCGCCCAGGUCAGGCUCUAUCAUCCUGCCAGCUAUGACCAGUUGGCAGAAGUGGACGUCACCCCUCCGGUCCACAAGAUGCUGGCAGGAUCGGACGCCAUCAUCCGACAACACAAGGCGGCUUGUUUGCGGAUCACGUCCCUCUUGGCCUGCAAAGAUCUCCUCUGGAUCGGCACCAGCGCAGGGGUCGUGCUGACCCUGCCCAUCGCAGGCAACCCGGCUGUUCUGAAGACCCCGCCUCUCCCGGUGGGACUCUCCCAAGGCCACACCGGGCACGUCCGAUUCCUGACGUCCGUCGAGCUGCCCGAAGGGUUUAACGUCCUUUUCCCCCUGCCGGGAGAACCAGGUACAGAAAAACCCAGCGAGUCGGACAAACGGGAUUCCACGCGACUCCGGUCGUCGAAAUCCAAAAUCCUCGUGGUCAGCGGUGGCGAUGGCUACGAGGACUUCAGACUCACCAACAGCAGCGAGACCGUGGGCCGGGACGACAGCACAAACCACCUCCUUCUCUGGCGAGUCUGAUGUGGGUCAGAAUGCCUCCCGCUCUGCCCACACCGGUCAGGGUGGGCCAGGGCAGAGAGCGAGAAAGAGAGAGAGAGAGAUCUGAACUCCCGUCCUCGCCGUUCACACCUGAACGGGUACUCCUUUAGCUGUGCAUCAUUCUCCCGUACUUGACUGUCCCGUACGUCAUGCGAUUGCCUCCCGGAGGGAGCCGUGCCUUGAGGAGAAUUGUUGCCGAUCCCCGCCGAACGCCCCCCUUAGAACGUACACCCAUAUUGCACGCCUUGCACUUACCGCUGUCUCUUAAGAGUAAUGGGGGGAUGUGCGCGUGCAUACGAGAGGCUGGAGGUGGGCCCGAGGGGCCACGCCGCUACGCAGAGGCCCCCGUGGGAAGGCCCAGAGAGGCAAAGAUGGACCCCGUUUAAGAGCGGGAUAGUCCGCUUGACGGAAACGAUUUGACGAGACUGUCCCCGGCUCGACCCGCCAAGGGAUUGGAUCUUGCGCCGAAGAAGGCGAUCUCAGGAGAUCUAGACAAAAUCCAGAAAUCUAUUCUCCAUCCAGAGCUCGAUUCGCCCACAUGGUUCUUCAAAAAGGAGGUUCAAACCCCGCGAAUCCACCCUAACGCCUCCCGAUACUUCGCUAGCCUUCCGAUCACUCCGUUUCGUUGUUUUAACGCUCCCCGGGAAUUCCUUUUCCUCGCCGCCAGGGUAUACCAAUAACUCGAGGGGGGCCCUUUCGCUUGCGCAUGGGUGCGCGUGUGUCUAUUUUUCCCUCCAAGUGUAUGUAUAAAUAAUCUUUAUUUAUUGUUGAUCGGAGCAAAGGGGAGCAAAGGGGCGGGGGGGCACAGGAUAGAAACUCUGUCGGGAGCUGAGGAUUCUUAACGGAUGUUUCCUCGUCUCGUCUGGAGUUGGUCCGAAUCACGAUAACGGGAAAUGUCCUCGCUCUACAGCAACAAGUAGAAGUUGCCUUGGUGGAUACAGGAGGUUACGGCCUGUUGUAAUGGAGUCAUUCCAGAGUAGCUGUAUGUGUGCGUGUUUGUGUGUGUGUGGUUGUUUAUAAAGGGCUGGUUGGGAGAAAAAAAAUUGUGGGGAAGGGAAGACCAUUAACAAGGGUUUCGAAUAGUUUUUCUCAUCCUGGGCAAAUUUUUAAAACGGGCGGACUUCAACUCCCAGAAUUCCCUGGCCACCUGGGGAAUUCUGGGAGUGGGAAUCAGAAUCACAAGAGUUG